AGGAGACAAGAGCUCCACAGACGGCUGCGACACUCCACGCUAGUUAUAUUGCAGGGCUUGCACAGCAGCGUUUGACGCCAUACGAUAGUCGGUGUACAGCGCAUGACGUACACCGGUUGCCGAAACCCCGUCGCUGUGCAUCGUUCAACUGCAAUGAGGUUCAGAGGUUGCGGCCUUGCACUUGUUGGCGCCUAAUAACCCUCCUGUUUCCCAGUUGCCGCGAUGUGCCUUCAGCGUUUGUAGGACAACGGUUGCGAACAACCCAUCGUAGCCGACAAGCUGCGUUUCCGGCGCACUUUUGUAAAUGAUGAAGGUUUACGUUCACUGGGUUGGAGAUGAAGGCUCACCAUUCACGAAGGUCUUAAAACUAUCGGACAAUUCCGCGGUUGCUGACUUGCGGGUUGCUUGCUGGGAUGCUCUCAUCGCGCGCCAUCCGACGCUAGGCGGCAGCGGGCCAAUCCCCUUGCUUCUGUCAGGACCUGAUGGCCGGUCCCUACCGAUGAGCUCUUUGCUCUCAGACGUGUUAUCCAGCGGAGACGACGUCUUCUUCCGCCUCAAUGGACAGCAGGGUCAUGCUGGGGAAAUGUCGUCUGGAUGCGUCCGUACAACCACAACCACCUCAAGCAUCGCUGCUGAGUCAACGCCCAGCCAGGCCGCAGUGACUAACAUUGCGGCCACCACAGCUCCGGAAGAGGCCGCCCGCCCGAGCACUGCCACAUCUCCCCAACAGGAUCAGCAUGCCGCCGCUGGCACUGCACCUACAGCUAUAAAAACCCAAGCGCACAACGGCACCUCAGAGGGGUCCGCUUCCUGCAACCCUUCUAAACAGCAUCAGGCCCAACAGCCACACAAACCCCAGCAAAAGCAGCAGCAGCAGCGGCAGCCGUUGUUGCCCGAUUUGCCGGAGGAGCAGCUGCUUCCCCUGGUGCGGGCGCUGUGGGUGCGAGCCGAGGAGGCAGCAGCGCAGCAAAACUACCGGGCUGGGGCGGAGGCGCUGCAGCAGGCACUGCUGCUGCUGCCGCGCCCCUCCGGGCCCCUGCACGUCGCCUCGCUGCAGCGCCUGGCCCGCAUGUGGCUGGCUGCGGGCAACCCGGCUGCCGCGGCCCCCUGGGCGCUGCGGGCGGUGCAGGCGCGGCAGGAGGACGUGGGGGUGCUGCAGCUUGCGGGGGAUUGCCUGAGGGAGGGCGGCCGACCUCGCGAGGCGGUGCUGCACUACCAGGCUGCCCUGGAGCUGCUGGAGGAGCGAGCGAGCAGUGGCAGCAGCGGGAGCAGUAGCGGGAGCAGUAGCAGCGGUGGUGACAGCAGCAGUGCUGGGGCCGGCAACGAUGCCACCACCUCCUCCUCCUCCAUCCAACAACUGCAACUGCGACUGCGCGUCUCCCUAGCUGCCUGCCUGUACGACAUCCCGAGCGGCGGCUCGCCUGUCGUACCGCCGUACGACAAUCACGAUCUGGCGGCCUCGCUGGUGAUGGGCGCGUUGGAGGCGGAUCCCGGCUGCUGGGAGGCGUUACGGUUGUACGGCAGGAUCGCGGCGGAUCGCGGCAUGCGUGAUGAGGCGCUGCGGGUGGCUCUGCGGCUGGUGGUGGGGCGGCCGCAGCAGCGGGAGGGCAAGGCCCUGCUGGCGGAGUGCUUGCAGGACGAGGAGGGCUGUGCGCUGCUGUUCGAAGAACUCAAUGUGCCGCUGACAGCGGGGGAGCAGCAGCAGCAGCAGGCAUGCGGGGGCGGCAGCGGCGGGGGCGGCGGCGUCAGCGGUACUGCUGCUGCUGCUGGUACGGCUGCUGCCCCUGCCGCUGCUGCUGCUGCUGCCGCUUCCUCCGCUGCGGCUCUGGGCUUCGUGGCCAACUCCGUCAAGGAUGAGGGCCAGGUGGACAGCUGCAUCCGGCUGCUGCAAUGUGCCGUACAGCUGCAUCCCCGUAACGCCAGCUACAGCCUCAAUCUCGUACAUGCUCUGGAGCUACGGCAGGACCUGCAGGGGGCGCUAGCGGCGGGCUGGAGCUGAGGGACGUGGACUCCAUGUUGCAAUCGCUGCCCGAGCUCCGGAGCGCCUCCGACCUCACCUGGUGGCAGCUGCAGCAGGAACAGCAGCAUGAGGGGCGGGAGGGGCAGCUGCAGGGGAGGCAGGGGCAGCAGGAAGAAGGACAGGACACAGUGAAGGUGUCGUACAGCGCGGAUGAGUUGGACGAGCUAGCUCUGCUGUUCGCACUGGCCAAGGUGUUGUUCGUGGGCGGGGCGCUGCGGGCGGCUGCGGAGCUGUGUGAGAGUGUGGAGCCGCUGAGGAGGUCUUCCUCCGUGGAGCUGCACACCACCCUUAUCCGCAACGAGGCGGCCUACUUCGGCUGCGUCAUGCAGCUGCUGAGGGACCACCCGCCACCGCUGACACCGCCGCCACCGCUGACACCGCUGACACCACUGCUGCAGCAGCAGGAGGAGCAGGAGCAGUCGCUGCCACCGCCGCCGCCACCACUGUCGUCUCCGCAGCAGCAGCAGCAGCAGCAGCAACAGCAGCAGCAGGAGCAACCGGCGCUGCCACUGAUAUCGUCGCCCUUACCCUCGGGUUGUUCCGCUCAUGGGGGUGCAGCGGAGGGAGCAGUGGAGGGUGGUGUGGCCGGGGCGCUGCGGCCGCUGUUCCUGUGCGGAGACUCGCACUGCUUGUCAGCCGCCUGGCGAGUGGUGACGCUGCGAGGGGAGCCCCGCCUGCUGCGGCCGCUGCUGGUCACCGGGUGCAAGGUGUGGCACCUGCGCCCCAGCAGCUGCUUCUACCCCAAGCGGCAGUUCCAAGCCGCCAUGCGACUGCUGCCACAGGGAGCUCAGGUGGUGUUGGUGCUGGGUGAGAUCGACUGCCGGGAGGGGCUGCUGCUGGCGGUGCAGAAGGGGAAGUACGACAGCGUGGCAGCUGGCAUCGAGGCCACCGUGGGCAUCUACAUGGACCUCCUGCGCUCGCUGCUGCUGCAGCCUUCUUCGGGACCAUUAUCAGAACCAUCAGGGGGUUCGGAGCCCCUUUCGGAGCGCCCCGGGCAACAGCAGCCGCCGCCUCCUCCUUCUCCUCCUCCGGUCGGGACCGCCGCCGCUGCUGCUGCUGCCGCUGCUGCUGCUGGUGCCCCCCGCGGCCUGGAGAUCUUCGUUCACCCGGUGCCGCCGGUGCUCAACGAAACACGUGCCGUCGUGACGCCCUUCACGGCGGCACUGCGGCGUGCGAUUGAGGCGGCGCGCGCUGCGGAUCCGGAGCUGCGGCGGCGGCUACACUACCUGGACUUUUUCGAGCAGCUGUUGGUGCCGAGGGGGGCGGAGCAGCAGCUACCGGCGGGGGCAGCGGUGGUUGUGGAUGAGGCUGGAGGCGGGAAGGGGGUGGAGAGGGCUGGCGCGAAGGGGCAGGAAGGAG